AUGGCAUACAAGUAUGGUAGUGACAGCUGGGGAUGGGUCCCUUUGCGGGUCUUUCCUCUUCCCCCUGGCGCUGCUGCUGCAUAUAUUUUGGAAAGACUGGGCCAACAGGCCGAGUCGGACAUUCACGAAUUUCCUUCGAAGUCCAACAAGGCAUUCCCGAAAGCCAGCACAAUGCGUCUCACGGUCCUCCUGGUCUUGUUUGUGGCUACAUUCGUCUCGGGCUUCGUGGACUUCACCAGCGCUGAAGAUGCCGCGUCGACGAACAAUGCACCGACCUUGAAGCGAAUCGCUUUGGACAAGUUAGUUGGGCGCCACCGCGGAAGUCAGACGGUGGGGAGUGAGGAGAGGGUCGGAGCCCCUGGAGCAUUGUGGUUUGCGGCACGAAUGAACAAGGGCAAGUCGAAAAUCAGCACGCAAUCGACGGAGGGUAUUGCUCAAGGGUGGCCGAAGUGGGCGAAGGCUCUCUUAAUUUUGGGGGCUGUUGGUGUGGUAUCUGGCACCGUCGGAGGUGGCGUCUUGCUAACCAACUCACGAAAUCAUCCUUCGUCAUAG